GCUGGUUCUAUCAUGGCGCCUGUCGCCGCUGAUGUUGUCGGUGCCUUGGCAAAGAUCGUCCGCAAGCUCAAAGAGCUGCGGACAGCUGCGACAAAGAGAUGUAAUGUUGCUGACGAGAACAGAGCAGAGCAAGGUAUACCUCUUGAAGAUAUGGACGAGUCUGGGAUGAGAAACCGGCUUGCUUCUGGCCAAGCGUCGGGAAGCGCGAACGAUAACCCGGAUAGUCCUUCGACUACGAGUGGCGAAAGCGGAACAAUGACACCAGGAAACGGUGAGAACUCAGAGAGUCAAGUUUCUUUCGUCAAGACAACUUGGCGACGACUUUCUGGUGGAUUCGGCACCGGCUGGGUCUUUUGGAAGAGUGCAGAAGAGCAAAAACGAAUUAAAAGAGAGCGAGGACACGAUAGGUUCUUGCGAGAGAAGAUCGACGAGUACCCUGACGGAUUUUCGAGGCUUGCUGCCUUCGUCAAUAGCGAUAAUGACUUCGCUAUGAUACGUAGCUUCAGCUACUGCCACACUCGCUUGCUCCUUCAGCUACAAGUCGAAGUAACUGAGCUGGAGAAGGCACUCUUCACACUCGACAAGAAGGAUGAGGCGAAUCCAGCGAUGAAAUAUCGCAGAGUGUCGACAAAACAUAAGGAGAACUCGGACACCGAACACACGAAACUAAUGAGCGAGCUUAAAACUAAGCUCAAGGAAUACGAUGAAACUGUCCAGAAAUUUGUGUUCCUGAAAUCCCUAGGUCCACCUCCAGAACGUAACCAUUACUCUUACUUCAAUUGGAUUUGGAGAAAUAAGCCACUCAGCAAGGGGUACUACGACUACAUAUACCAUGCGUCAGACUUUGUGUCGCUCUCAGGAAGCCGCUCAAGCUACUUUGAAGAACUCAUCCGCCGUCAUAUAACUUGGUGGCGAGGCUCUCCAAUCAGGAAGUGGAUCAAAAUCAAGGAGGAGGAGAUGCCCACCUUGGACCAAAGUGUCUCUUAUUAUUCCCCUUCGAGGCUUGGGGGAGUUGUUCAGGUGCUUAUGGUAUCCACGAUCAUGGGGGUCCUCCUAAUCCCGGUGUAUCUCCUGUUUCUGGUCCCAAUGUCGCAUCUAAUGAUGGCCAUCACAUCAACAGCAUUCAUCUUCCUCUUUGCAAUCAUCAUGACGGUUGUAGCUGAAGGUAGGAUAUACGAGAUAUUCGUUGGCACAGCCACGUACGCGGCGAUAUUGAUUAUGUUUUUAGGCAAUAUUUCGCAAGCUUCUCUCGGCAGUAGACCAAAUUGAGGAUCGAGAGCCGACAGAGACGAAGGGGCUGGAGUAGGGGAUCGGAUGGAGAGUAUCGGUGACCUUGAGUUUGAAGUUUUAAAGGUUUGGUGUUGUGGGACAGAGGAGUGCGAGUUCGGAGGUACCCAACUGACCGCUAUUUUUGGCGGUUCGAGCUUGGCGUCCUUGGGAUAGGCGGAUAGGCGGUUUCUAUUCUGGUUAUGAAGAUAAAUUUGGUCAGGGCGGGAUAGCAUUUGCGUCGUUGUGCUCUUGCUUGUCG